AUGGCAUCUCAACUUUGGCUGAUCACCGGAGCAUCCUCCGGCUUCGGAGCGCUCAUGGCAGAGAAUGCCCUCAAAGCAGGCCAUCGUGUUCUUGCUACAGCCCGUAAUCCUAUGAAGGCUGCCCAGGGUUAUCCACAGAUUGAAUCGCUGGGUGGAAAGUGGCUUCAAUUGGAUGUGACAAGCAAGCAAACGAAAGAGCAAGUCGGACAAGCCAUCCUGGAGAACGGUGGCAAAAUUGAUGUUAUCAUCAAUAACGCUGGUUAUGGUCUUCUAGGGAGCAUUGAAGAUAUCAGUGAGGAGGAACUUGAUACCCAGUUUCAGACCAAUGUGUACGGUACUGUGAGAGUGAUCAAAGCCGCUCUCCCCUUCAUGAGAGCACAGCGCAGUGGUACCAUUGUCAAUUUCAGCAGUAUUGCUGGCUUUGCUGCCGGUCCAGCUUCUGCUGCCUAUUCUAUGUCCAAGUUCGCCGUUGAAGCUCUUUCGGAAUCACUGUUCGCUGAACUCAAUCCUUUCAAUAUUCGAGUGUUGCUUGUUGAGCCCGGUGCCUUCCGCACUAACUUCAUCGGAUCCCACAAGCUUCCAGCCGCUGGAAUGACUAAGGACUAUGAGGGAACACCCCUCGGUGCUGCUAUGGGAUUCUUCGAUGGCUUUGCCGGCAAGCAACCUGGUGACCCCACAAAGGCGGUCCAGCGGGUCUUGGACGUGAUCCAGCUGCAAGGAAUGGGACAGGGCAAGGAAAAGCUGCUUCGUUUGCCGCUCGGCACUGACUGUUUCCCACGCAUGUUGGACAAGAUUGACAACAUGAAGGGAGAACUGGAACAGAUGCGAGAAAUCGCUUUGAGCACCGCUGUCGAUUCGGCGUAA